AUCCUCAGUCCCCCUUGUACUUUACUCUUUUCACCCCUUUUUCCCACAGAUAAUUCGUUCUUUAUACACACCCUAUAUCAACAAGAACAUUCAAACUUAACAUGUCUUACAACAAUAACAGUUACGGUGGUGGUUACGGUGGCGGCUACGGUGGCGGCCAGGGCGGCUACGGCGGUGGUCAAGGUGGCUACGGUCAGCAAGACAGAAUGGGUAACUUGGGUGAUAACUUGGUUGCUCAGACCUGGGACUUGGAAAAGAUGCCAAAGUUCGAAAAGAACUUCUACAACGAGCACCCGGAUGUCACCGCCAGAGACGAAGCUGAGGUUGCCGAGUUCAGAACCAAGCAUGAGAUGAAGAUCGAGGGCCACGACAUUCCAAAGCCAAUCACCUCUUUUGACGAAGCUGGGUUCCCAGACUACGUGUUGAAGGAGGUUAAGGCUCAGGGUUUCCCAUCCCCAACCGCCAUUCAGUGCCAGGGUUGGCCAAUGGCUUCUUCUGGUAGAGACAUGGUGGGUAUUGCCUCCACUGGUUCCGGUAAGACCUUGUCUUACUGUUUGCCAGCUAUUGUCCACAUCAACGCCCAGCCAUUGUUGACUCACGGUGAUGGUCCAAUUGUCUUGGUCUUGGCUCCAACCAGAGAAUUGGCUGUCCAGAUCCAGUCUGAAUGCUCCAAGUUUGGUGCUUCUUCUAGAAUCAGAAACACCUGUGUCUAUGGUGGUGUUCCAAAGUCCCAGCAGGUGAGAGACUUGGCCAGGGGCUCUGAAAUUUGUAUUGCUACCCCAGGUAGAUUGAUCGAUAUGUUGGAGUCCGGCAAGACUAACUUGCGUCGUGUUACCUACUUAGUCUUGGAUGAAGCUGACAGAAUGUUGGACAUGGGUUUCGAACCUCAAAUCAGAAAGAUUGUUGACCAGAUCAGACCAGACAGACAGACCUUGAUGUGGUCUGCCACCUGGCCUAAGGAGGUGCAGAGAUUGACCCAGGACUACUUGAACGACCCAAUUCAGGUUACUGUUGGUUCUUUGGAAUUGUCUGCUUCCCACACCAUUAAGCAGAUCGUCGAGGUCACCUCCGACUUUGAAAAGCGUGACAAGCUUAUCAAGUACUUGGAAGAAGCCAUGCAGGAGAAGGAGAACAAGGUUUUGAUUUUCGCCUCCACCAAGAGAACUUGCGACGAAGUCACCAAGUAUUUGAGAGACGACGGCUGGCCAGCUCUCGCCAUUCACGGUGACAAGCAACAGCAGGAACGUGACUGGGUCUUGAGAGAGUUCAGAUCCGGUAAGUCCCCAAUCAUGGUUGCGACCGAUGUUGCUGCCAGAGGUAUUGGUAUGUGUUUUCCCUUUAUGACCCCCUUACUAACCUGAUUUUUAGAAACAUUUUCAAGGAGCAGAUGCCGCUAAGGCACGGACCGAGUGACAUGAAAAUUCCGCAGAGCUGGAUCUCUGCUUGCAUUAUUGUGUCUU